CCAGACUGCAGGAAAAAGCGCAAUUUGAAGAGUUUACAGCAGUCAGCCUCAUGACAGUUUGAUUGUAAUAAACGAAGCGACCGCAAAAGAGGGGUGUAAACAUGGUGAAAAUUUAGGGUGAAUUUAGGCCGCCAGUCCUCCCAGCGCGUAGACUAAAAGCAAGGGUGGUUUCUGGGGUUUCGUACAGGGCGAAAGUUGGCGCUUGCAUGAGGGGUGGUGAUAAGUUUUUUUCUGUCCUCGUCAUUUUCUGUUUGGAUAUACAAUAUUUAAGGAAAAUUGAGAAAAAAAUCAAACCGUAAGUUUGCGUAUUGUUACUUAAAAGAAGACAUUGGAAAAACUAAUUUGCUAACUAGGUAGGGAAGAAAGCAACACAGGUAUAUUCUAGCUAUGGACAACAAACCACUCCUGCAAGACAGACCUCCUGCCUAUAAUGCCGUACCAGGGAGCUAUGAUUACGGUCCCAACUACGGGGCAAUACCCACGCCCGCCCCACCGCCACCGGGCUUCCAACAACCGCCCCCACCCUAUCAGUAUCCACAAGGACAAGGAUGCCCUCCAAUGCCUCCUGUUUCCCAGCAACCAAACUGCGCUGGGACGUACACCAUCAUCCAGCCCUCAGUGGUGGUCGUAGGGGGCUGCCCGGCCUGCAGAGUCGGCGUGCUGGAGGAUGAUUUCACCUGCCUGGGGAUCCUAUGUGCCAUCGUCUUCUUUCCCAUUGGCAUCCUCUUCUGCCUUGCACUGCGCCAGAGGAGGUGUCCAAACUGUGGCGCCACCUUUGGGUAGAGGGACCAAACUGCAUCUCACUCAUGGCCCAAAUAUUGCUCCUUUUUAAUUUUUUUUUUCUUUUUUUGAACAAUUGUGCCAUGCAUUUCCUACAUAAGACAGUGAUUAUAAUGAAGGUAUGACAAUGACAAGCAUAAAAAAUUAAGAAAAAAUGUGCAUGUGAAAACGUAUCUACUUUUUCUUUCACACGCAUGGCAAAAACCACCAUUCUUGCUCUCUCCAAUCCUUCCCUCUGCCAGUCAUUUAUUGCUCAGUUAUCGGUGCCUUUAUGAAAUGAUAAAUGAGUAAAAAAAGAACAAAUCAAUUCGUUAGACAAGAUCUCCUCAAAUGGAAGGGAAUGAUUUGUCAGUCAUUGUGAAUUUGCGGCUUGAAGUUUGAAUCAGUUGGACAACAGUGAAGAAGGCGUGAAAUGAAGACAAUUACUCUCUGUCUUUUGAGUCGUGUCUGAAUGAACUACUGAGCUGGCAGACUUGCUUCCUCCACUGUGGUUAAAUUUCCUUGCACCAGCGCUCCCAGCACCGUUACAGGGAGUAGUCAACUUGACCAAAGGGGUUUUUUGUGAGUAACAUUUUCAGAGAACAGCCUUGGGUGCUCCUUAAUGUCCUGUUGUCACACCUUUCACCACUAAAAUUUUCCUGCAGAAUCCAAUGCAGGGUCAUGUUUCAUUUUUAAAUACAGUAUAUAGACAACCCUACUACAAAAUGUCAACUAGUUAGAUGCUUUAGGAUGAAUGAAUUAUUUGAUGGUAUAUUUGUACAUUUUUCUGGAAGCCAGAUCUGAAUUUACAAUGCUGCCUUUUGGUUAAUUGUGGGUCCAUGUUUCUAUUUGCACUGCGCUGAUAAUCUUUGGUUAUUGGUACCGUACUAAUUAAUUUUCAAAGGAUACCUACAGUCCUCACGGAAACUGAUGGUUACAUUAUUAAGGAAGAAGAAGAAGCCCUGCAGGUGGCGUAAAAGUGUAAAAAUAUACACUAUAUGGACAAAACUA